UGGUCCGAAGCCUUGUCAACCGUUCUCGGCCCUCUCGGUUCGCUCCUCUCUUUUCGCUUUGUGACAUUGUGGCGAAGAUACGCACAUCACUUCUGAAGCAUGCCGGGCCUGAUACCAGGAUGACUUUGCGCAUGAAAAUAGAAUGGACAGGCCUGCGAUGCCGUUGGUCAGCCGUAGUCCGGUAAGCGGUCUACGGGACGGCACAAACACUUCCAGUGUGCCUGUACCUUCUGGAAAGAAAUUGAUGCGACCAAUCUAAAGGUGUACCUCCAGGCGUCGUCUACGUUGUAUGCCAUCUGAGAACUUGGUCUUCCCUUCCACUCUUUGGAAAUUCUAGACCAGACUGCCUGCCUCUCGGCGUCAAUGGGUUCCAUUGCUUGCACAGAUGGACCAGAUGACCAUGGCGAGAGCGCCGGAGGAAACCACGUUAUCGUCAUUGGUGCUGGUAUCAUCGGUGUAUCAAUCGCUUACCAUCUGGCAAGGCGGGGAGCACAGGUGACCGUGCUGGACAAGCAAACACCAGGAUCAGCAUGCACUCAAGGCGCCUUCGCGAUGCUGCUUGCAACACAUACGGACGGGACGGAAGAAUUGAAUCAACUUUAUGGGCUGGCGGUUGCAGAAUGGCGGCAACUGGAAGCUCGUCUUGGGGAACGCUUACCAAUCCAAUGGGGCGGCGUCGUCAACUGGGUCGAACCAGGAAAUAAAGUGGAGGAAAUCGUCUCAACGCGGAAGCUUCUCAAGGAGUGGAACGUGAAGGUGGAAGCUUUGUCCGAAGACGAUAUCAGGUCUCUGGUGCCGGGGGCUGUUCCUGGCCCAGUCGGCGAUGGCAACUUCUUGCCCGGGUAUGGGGCUCUCGAUGUCAUGCAGACAUUUGCAGUUAUGGUUCAACAAGCAAAGAGACUCGGUGUCAACUUCCGCACGCCGGUUGAAGUGACAAAUAUGACAGUCUUGAACACUGGAAGGCCUCAUCUGGGCACUAGCGAAGGUCCAAUGGAGUCAGAUAAGGUUGUCGUCGCUGCAGGAGCCGGAUCAUCACAUCUUGCUCAGACCUUGGGGGUUCGGAUUCCCUUGAAAAUGGUAUCGGGCACACUUGCUUAUAGCAAGCCGAUGCAACCUGUAUUGCAUCGUGUCUUGAACGGACCGCGAGGAUCGAUCAGGCAGAAUCCGGAUGGGCGAAUCGUGACAGGGCUUGACUACCGUCCGGGCGCUGAUGGUCAUAAUGUUAGCGACGCUUAUGGAGAAAUGCUGCUGAAGAAUGCGGCUGAAGUCGUUCCUGCGCUUGCUGGUAUGGAGCUUGACGAGAUGACACUGGGUCAUGUCCCAAUUUCGGAGGAUAGCAGUCCUAUUGUAGGUUUCUGCGAACCAUCAAAGGCGGUAUACGUUGCCACAACUAUGAGCGGUGUUACGAUGGCACCACUGAUAGGCCGCCUGACGGCAGCAGAAGUCCUAGGCGAGCGCACCUCGAUCCUGGACUCAUUCAGACCAAGCAGAUUCAACUAAUGCUAAUCGUCCAUGACUCGACACCCCAUGUUGAGAGAUUCACCUGCCUCUGAGCAUGACUUAGAGGACAGGUAUGAUACCACAUUAGGCCGAC